UAGGAAGUAUAUAACGAAUUUAAGCGUUUGUAAUUAUGAAAGCUAAAAAAAUGCUAUACAUAUUUAAAACGCAAUACUUAAAUACAAUUAUUUGAUAUCAUUAAACAGCUAAUAUUUGACACACAGCACUUUUCAAACGCAUGGCUGUUCUAUAAGCUAAAGGCAAAACAUAAACAAAUGGAAGUUGUCAAGGCGACGGUACAUAAUAUACAAAUACGGUGGCAACAAACAAAUAAAAUUACUGGUGUCUAAAAAGUAUUUUGCUGCGGUGUAAUUACAUUAAUUGUAUUUAUAUAAACAGGCGUUAAAAUGAAUUAUUAUGAUGAGGAGAUUUCAAUUAAUGGACCAGAUUCCAAGAACUUAAGCCAUUUUAAAAUGGAUAGAAUACCAAGUAAUAGCAGUGGUCGGGGCGCAGCGGCUAAUCGAACUGCGACUUUGCGCCAGAGUAAGAAUCAGCUGCAUGGUAGCUCAACCGACGAUGAUGGACUACUGCAGGAUAUUAUUGAUCACGAUGACGAGGAUGAUGAUGAUGAUGACGACGAUGUAAGUGAAAUUCAGCCGCGUUUAAUAGAAGGAUCAGCACGAGGCACAGCUAACCAACGUCCACAGACUCGUCCGGGCAGCGCACGCAGUACUGCCAAUGUAUUGUCCGCUAAGCCUCUCAUGCGUAGUGGUGGUGGUAGUGGACUCAUUGUGCCAUCCGAAAGUGAAUCAGAUGAAGCCGUUUCCCCACAACCGCAAAUUGAAGUUAUUGGAGAUGCCGGAGCAGUACAAUCGUCUCCCCCAGAGCUAGAGUUGUCCAUCAAACCUGAAUAUUGGGAAAACUUAGCAGUAAAUCAGGAGCUAAAAGAUCUCUUUCCACACAUACUAAAAUAUACACCGCAAUCUAUUGAUACACCUUAUCGCCUGCAACCUUUCAUACCGGAUUUUGUACCAUCCGUCGGUGAUGUGGACGCCUUUCUCAAGGUCACCAUACCGCCACUAUCGAAGCCUCAACGUCAGCAAGAAAUCGAUGAGUAUUUACAUAAAAUGGGUAUUUAUCUGCUUGACGAACCAUCCGGCGAACAAUCGGAGCCGAGUUUGCUUAAUAUGAAAUUGCGUUCGGUGCUCACUGGCAGUGGUUCUAUCGCGCGCUCUGCAUCGGCUUCAUUGAUUCCAACUGCCAAAUCGCCCAAGGAAAUUGACAAGUGGAUUAAUGAGGUCGAGAAAUUGCAUAUGACCCAAACGGUGAAUGAUAUACAACCGCGCAAAGAGAUUGAACCCUUGUUGAUAAACUGGCCGCGCUCGUACGCUGAUGCUAGUGAAGCGGUGCAACAAGCGUAUCAGCAGUGUCUGGAAGAUGAGGACAUUGCGCGUUAUGUCCGCACACUGUGCCAACAGUUCGAGGUGGAGGGGCCUGUAGAAACACAGGUCCAUUACAUAAUGAAUGUACAGACCUUGUUCGCACUGUAUUUGGCCGCCAAUCAGGCAUGGGAAUGAUUAACAGAAAAUCCAAAUAGCCAAAAUGUUUGUAAGUGCGUAUUUAAAACUUUAAUGUGCCCACACUUUCUGAAGCCAUUCGAUAUUUUCGAACAUAUCAUUCUGCCGUAAAGUAAAUUACUCUUAAUUUCA